AUGGACACCAAAAUAUACUUCAACAACAAUGCAGUAGCUCAUCCUAUCCAAGCAACAUGUUCUUUUGCGAGACUAUCUGAAGAGCAUGUAGUCUUCAUCGGCAACCUAGAUCAAGAGUAUGUACCAAAGACUUAUGAAGAAGCCAUGGAGCAUGAAGAGUGGAGAGCGUCAGUUGGGGAUGAAGUUGGAAAGCUUGGAGCGAGAGUAGCCAAGACUCCACUAGAAGAUGGGUAUAAGGUGCUGCGUGAGGGGGAGAUUGAAGACAAGCCCUAUGCUGACGUUAAACACUAUAGAAGAAUGGUAGGAAAGCUGAUAUACCUCACCAUCACCAGGCCUGAUGUAUGCUUUGCAGUUAACCAAGUAAGCCCGAAUAUGCAAGCUCCCAAGAUACACCAUUGGAACAUGGUUGAAAGGAUCCUAAGAUACCUAAGAGAGGCGCCAGGGCAAGGAGUGUGGAUGGGAUGCAACAAAAAUACAGAGAUAGUUGGGUAUUAUGACGCUGAUUGGACAGGAGACAGAGUGGAUAGGAGAUCCACUACCGACUAUUGGCAAUGA